GAUGCUGCCUGGCCUGCUGUGUUCCACCAGCAUUUUAUGUAUGUUGUUUGAAUUUCCAGCAUCUGUAGAUUUCCUCGUGUUUGUUCCCCAUCGGCCCCGACUGAACCUGCCGUCAGCAGCUCGCCAAAGCUCUCUACCCUUGGACAGUCUUUCAAGUUGUCCCCGGGGGUGGCCAUCUUCGAAAAUCCUCCCUCUCUCAGGGACGAGGUCUUUGCAGUUUCUGGUGGCGAGAAAGUGGCAGGUUUGCUGCAUCCAUGCCCAACACUCCUCCUUUCGCAUCGGGAUCGUUCGGGGAGGAGUUCUAAUCAACUUCGGCGUUCUGAAAUUUUCUGAAAAGCCAAACAAUUGUAAUAACUUGCUGCAAAUAUAUAAGACGUAAUGAAAUGCAAUUGAAAUAAGACUGAGAUUCUUCUUCAACUGUUGGGAAGAUGGCAGUCUUGGGUAAAUUAUUUGUCGUUCGCCGAUCAGUUUAUAUUCUAAGUAAAUUUCCAUGCUUAAAUUUAAAAUAUGAGAAUAAUCGAAACUUAAAGGGCAGAUCGGGUGUCGAGAUCCUUAUGAAAAUCAUCGUGUUGACUGGAAUCCGCUCAAUUCUGCAGCCAGUGAUUUUCAGCAGCCGAGUGUCUCCUCCUAUCUAGACACACCCACAACAGAUCGCGGAGUUUUUUGUUAAGUUUAUUUCCUUCCAGUAAAGCGGAUAACCAUAAUUUAUUAAUCCUUGUGAUGCGAUGGCUGGACAAUACUCCCGAUCUUGCAGUUCGGAAUCGGCGGCUCCGAUGAUUUCGCCGAGCCCUCGAACCUCCGUAAAUUCCAAACUGUUUCUGGCAGCGGCGGUCGGCGGCUUAGUUUUGUUUUUAUUGCAAGCAGUUGCGAUUGCGGGAUUGUCUCUGUAUUUCACAAAGGAAAUCGCACAGGGUAAGAAUCAGACAGCUUCCCGGGAGCUGUGGUGUUUAAAUAAUCCCGAGAAACUUCAACUGCUAAUCACUGAAGAGACUGAAGACAUAGACAACCAGAUCAGAAAAGAUCCCUGUUGGAUGCUGGCUAACAAAAUUAGAUUACUUGCAAACAAGGUAUCAGAAGAAGUUAGCAAGCAACAUAUAAUUAAAGAUUUAAUAGACAAACUACCUCCAGACAUUGUGAAGUCUGCAGUGCCGUUGGAGAAUAGAGCGAUGCAGAGUCCCUCUGCACAUCUCACUGUGAGAUUUGGUUCACUGCAAGGUUCACCCGACUUUCUGGACAGAUCAUGCCGCCACCUUGUGAAAUGGGGCAUUGGAAAAGGGUUAUCACACAUCCACGACAUGACAAUCAAUCAUGGAAAAUUGCGAGCCAGUCAAAUGGGCAGGUAUUAUGUUUAUUCCCAGACGUUUUUCAGAUACAAGCAUGAGGACACAGCUGAUUAUGAAGACCAUUCUGCAAAACCCAAUGAGCAACUGCUUGUGCAGUGUAUAUACAAGAUGUCUACUUCCUACCCAUCACCGAUCCUCCUCAUGAAAAGCGUAGGAACAAAAUGUUGGGCAGCAAAUGCUGAGUAUGGUAUGAAUUCCAUCUACCAAGGAGGACUUUUUGAAUUAGAAGCUGGUGAUGAAAUAUUCGUAACUGUCUCUGACAGAGAGUUGAUGGAUGAUAAUGAGGUAUCUAGCUACUUUGGAUCCUUUAAACUGGAUGUGUAAGAUUGAAUGAGAUAUCAUUUUAUAAAGAGCUACUUGUUCAAAAUGAAUUCAUUGAAUCAAACAACUACCAUAAAAUCAGUUUUACUGGUCUUUUGUCCAAAACUUGAGCUAACUUGAGGAUUGUCUAUAAGAAUUUUACUUUCAGUUGAGUAAAAUGUGUUAAAUGACCAAUAUAGCUCAGUUCAGAAAGAUCUUUGUUAUCUACUUCACACAGCUGGUAUAUAGAGCUCCGGCUAUAGUAGUCAAAAAACUGAAUGAACUCUUCUCUGAUUUUGUGGAAGUACCAAAGCUCCUGCUAUGCCUAAACUUCCCCUCUCAAAAUACAGAUGCACUUGUGUGGUAAAUUGAGAUAUUUCCCCACAAACAAAUAAGUCACUCAUUAGCAGUUGAUAAUGGAGAACAGGGGAAAGUAUCUGCUAAAAGUAGAAAGUGGAGCCACAGUCUGUGCUUGAAGGUUAAAAAAUCCAUGCUUCAAAACAUCCCUACACCACAGGAAGGUGCCGAAGAUAUGGAUUAAGAGAAUUGCACUGUUAAAGAGUUUUGGCACUGAUAAAUAAAUUUGUAGAAGUGUUACAGGAGUCGAGACUUUCUCUUACACAAAUACACUAAUACCAUAGCCAGUCCCUGAUGCCUUUUGAACUGUUUGUUUGAUUUCCUGCUUUAUACAUUAAAUGGAAAUGUCAACAUUCUUGCUUCUAACUUAAGCUUUUAUCCCCCUUCACGUGGUCCCUUUUGACUCUUCUACUCAUCUUCCAAUUUCUGCAAAUGGGCUACUGAAAAACAUGCAUGCCCAACAACAUUUCCAACUGGCUUCCAUGUCAUUCUAGUCCACUCUCCCCAUUCCUUUGUUUGUUUUACUUAAGUCUUUACCUAAUGACUUCUACCUAAGUCAUUCCACAACUGAUUUCCCUCCAGUCUUCCCUCCCACCUUUCUAUCCUUCCAAGAACUCAUUUACCUUAUUUCCUCCAUAUCUCAGAUAUUCUCAGCUUGUUGCAAUGACCAAAUGUAUCUUCUUUCUUUUCAGAAUAUUAAAACAGUGUUCUUCAUCAGCUGGCCCCUCCCACAAUACAGUCAUAUAAAUGGAUGGCAGAAGCAACGUUUGACUUGCUUCUUCCUUAGCAUCCGCUGAACCAAGGGAACAAGCAAUUUACUUAUUUUCCACCAAGUUAGCAAUCUCUGCUCAUGAUGCAACCUCCAUUAGUUUAGGGAAACCAAAUUUACAAUAGGUGAUAAACACAAAAGAUUCCGCAGCUGCUGGAGGGACUCAGAAGAUCAGGCAGCAUCUAUGGAGGGGAAUAAAGAGUCAAUAUUUCAGGUCAAGGCCUUCAGCAGGGCUGGAAGAGGGAAAAAAACAGAAUAAGAAGUUGUGGGGAGGGGAAGGAGAACACACUGGCAGGUGAUGGGUGAAGCCAGGUGAGGGGGAAGGUGGCAGAUUGGGUGAGGCUGAUCUAGAAGAUUUUCAUUUUAAUUCCUCUCACACACACAGUUUAGCCUCUGGCAGCACUGCAGUGCUGAUCUAUUGGAAGCUUGAAGACAUAAUUUCAUCUUUUGGCCCAGGAACUUCCAAUUUUAAAGCUAAUGCUAAGUUCAGUAACCUCAGGACAAAACUUUACAUUCCACUAUUUCAUACCAUGAGCUGGUAGUAGUUCUGAAAUUGCCAUUUAAAGCUUAUGCUAACUUCUGUUAUUUCAAACCAUUACUCUUUAUUGUCUUUUAAUCACUGCAGUUUGUCUUCCAUUGUAUCACACACCUCAACUUAUUUUCUCUCCCACAAUGACCUGUACCUCUAUCUCUCCCUCUACUGUAUUCAUUUUUUCUUUAUUUACAGCCAGACAACACCUUACAUGCCCAAUUUCUUACAGUUUUGACAAAAGAAAGAUGCUGACCUAAUUUUAAUGUAGGUCCUCUUCUCCCAGAUAAUAUUUGAUGCUACUGUGUACUUCUGGCAAUUUAUUUUUAUUUCAUUCCAGAGAAGGGAAUAAUUGAGAUUGAUUCAAAAUUAUUUUAGCAUGUCCAAGAUUCCUAUUUUAUCAAAUAAAUACUGCAUUUUGUUUGAAAACUAUAACUGCAUGUCUUUUUCAGUGUUAAAGGUAAUUGCUCAUCACCCACGUAACAUCUGUUUAUACCAGUUCCUGUGUAUUUUGUACAUACUGUACUCUUUUACUGAUGAUGUAUCAAUACAAGGUAUCAGUUUCAAUGUACCAGAUUUGGAAUAAACUGUACUCAUUAA